GUUUUCCCCAACCCAACCGAGCAAGGCCAUAACAACCGACCAGAGAUCUACCUCAAAGGAAACUUCAUUCAGUACCACUUUGUCACUGGAGUGGUUUGGAGUACGCGCGUGUUACGUCGGUCUUCUCCUGCCAAGAUCAGGAACGACAAGUUACGAAAUCUUUUUAAAGGUCUGAUUGACGCAAGAGAUUGAAGGGCCCACCAAGAAGUAGCCUAGGUGAUCGGAGUUACAACACCAAAGUGAAAUUGCAAAUUCCCCCGCGCGAUUCGGGUCAACCAGGGACAGGAGAAAGAAAGAACCACGGCGCGCACCGGUGCAGAGGUAAAAACGAGCAGGCAAGCAGAGAAAUUCAUUUCACUCACCCACAACUCUAUCCAUAUCGAUUGGAUUGGGCCAAGCCUGAAGUGUGCAGCGCCAGCAGCCAGUCUGUGCGAAACCGUCCCCAGAAGCAGCAGAAGCCCUCGAAAUGGCAUCAAUCAGAAGAGCAUCGUCAUUAUCGUCAUCAUCGUGGUCGUCGUCGUUCCUCGUGGUGACAAUUACCCUAGUGCUGGUAGUGCUGACAAUUUGCGGUGAAAUUCAAACGGCAACCGCCGCUGCUACCAAAUCGGGCGAUGCGGCGCAGACUUCUGCAGUGGAUAAUCGCUCCAACGGCGUGCUCUCGGCGCCGAGAACAUUUGGCCGGAUACGAAUGCUCAAGAACGUCAUGCUACCGGUGAUGUUCAUAUUGGGUGGCAUCAAGACACUUUUAAUCUUCCUGGUAGCAAUCUCGCUCAAAACCCUCUUCGUCGCCUCGUCCAUCUUUGUGAUCAACAUCAGCCUUGGCCUGGCAAAGGUGAUCAACUUUUUCAAACAUGGCUAUGGAGCUCACCACGGGAAAGAUCUAUGGUCCUAUGGACAAGACAAGAACAUUCACAUCCAUAUCCAUUCGGACCCAAGCCAUCACCUGUCGUUGGACGGACCAGUACCACCUCUGGCAACGGUGCACAGUAGUAUCUCCCCGACCAUCCACAGCGGAGUCUUCCCGUACUCGAGAAGUGACGUCAUCGAACCGAUCUACGCUUCCCCAUCGCAAAUCAACUCAUACACCAAGAUGUACGGAAUGCCCACCGCCCUGACCAACGUACGCCCUCAGAGCUUACCGUAUUCCGGCUGGCAGCCCGCGAGUCGAAAGCGAUAGGGCGCGAUCUACCACCUUAGGCUAAGCAAAUAACUCAUAGAGAAUAAUACCAAAUCAACCAAUGAACUCCCCCGUGAGAGUGCAGUGCACAUUGGUUCAGAAAGCCAGUUCACGAGAAGUGCAACUUAUCACGUCAAUUUGCUUUCCGGGUCAUUGGGCAACGCGAGAACAAACCGUUCACCACGUGUGUAAACAAGAUCUUCAUCGCGCAGGUUCAACACUUAUUUAUUGCGCCUCAAGGAGGUGGCGACUGUCUUGCCCCCUUCUUGGGCACUAGUUAACUCAGUUAGUAAUGUUUCCCAUUAGGAUGUAAGCGAAUUUGCGAGUUAAAACAUAAGUUUGGUUAAUUAGGCCCUCUAAUUGACCGCUCAUGUGGAUGUUUUUGCCGGAGAGAUCCAACAAAUUGUUUGCGUGUGCGUUAGAGUAGGUAGGUAAAAGUAAAAGUGUGGUCAUAGAUCUGAGCUGAAUACUGAACCUAAUACCAAAAGGGUGAAUCAACGAAUGUGCGAGCGCGAACAUAACGAUCUGUAAGUGAAAAUAAAGAAGCUAAAUCGAUGUAAAUUACCGAAACAAAAAUGCAGUUUUUCUUCUCUCUUUCGACUCAUCGAUGCAUAGCGAGCGUUCAAUGUAGCGAUGAAGUGAGAGGGAAAUAUGAAACGAAUUCCUUAUUAGAUGUAGGCCCACUAAGUGUUGCUGACCGAAGAAUAUGGUUUAAAUGU